CAACCACAUCCGCUGACAUGAGGACGACGGCUUCGAUAUGAAAAGAGAGAUGGAAAAACAGGAAAAACCAUUUGCGAGAACACUGGAAACUUAUCACAAUUUCCAGAUUCCUUUUUAAAAAUCUUUUUUACUCCCCAAGGUUAAUAUUAAUCGACUUAAUCCAGUCUGGUCACGUGGCGGCCGAGCGGACAUAGAUCACAUUUAUAGAGUUUAUUGUUCUUCGGCUCCUUCAGUGUUUAGCUUUGCUAGCUAGCUUUAGCGAGGUAUGUGUAGUUGCCAUCACAUUGUGCGCGUAUUCUUACUUCCAGUUAGCCAGUGUCAGUUUAGAAAAUAGCACCCUUAAUCCGGUCACUAUACCUCUAAACUGCUUUAGCUCAUUUAAAUUGGUGACAAUAGUUGGACGAGAAUGGCAACGUCGGCUCUGUACGCCUGUACAAAGUGUAACCAGCGGUACCCGUUCGAGGAGCUGUCGCAAGGCCAGCAGCUGUGCAAGGAGUGUCGCAUCGCACACCCAAUAGUGAAGUGCACCUACUGCAGAUCCGAGUUUCAGCAGGAAAGUAAAACCAACACUAUUUGCAAGAAAUGUGCCCAGAACGUCAAACAGUUUGGAACACCCAAACCAUGUCAAUACUGUAACAUUAUUGCAGCGUUUAUUGGGACAAAGUGCCAGCGUUGUACAAACUCAGAAAAAAAAUACGGGCCGCCUCAAACCUGCGAGCAGUGCAAACAGCAGUGUGCCUUUGACCGCAAGGAGGAAGGCAGGAGAAAGGUGGAUGGAAAACUGCUGUGCUGGCUCUGCACACUGUCCUAUCGGCGUGUUCUGCAGAAAACCAAGGAGCAGAGGAAAGGUUUUGGCUCCUCUAACUCUUCAUCCCUGAACGAGAAAGACUCAAGGCAGCAACAUCACCAACAAAGACACAGCGGCUCUCACCACAAACUGAGUGGGAGCUUGAGUCCUGAGCAGGAGCAAGGAUUGUGGAAGCAGAGCCAUAAAUCAUCUUCAAUCCAAAAAGAGACUCCAAAGAAGAAACCAAAACUGGAGUUGAAGCCAUCAAAUGGUGACAGCAGUUCCAUCACCCAGUCCAUGGAUUCAGGAGGAACUGACAACUUCAUUCUUAUCAGCCAACUGAAAGAAGAGGUGAUGUCGCUAAAGAGACUCCUACAACAACGGGACCAGACCAUCCUCGACAAGGAACGAAAGCUAACGGAGCUGAAAGCCGACUUUCAGUACCAAGAGUCCAACAUGAGAGUCAAGAUGAACCAAAUGGAGAAAGCACACAAGGAGUCGAUGGAACAGCAGCAGGCAAAGAACCGAGAGCUGAUGAAACAAGUGGCCGCGCUGUCCAAAGGUAAAAAGUUUGAUCGGACAGGAAGUUCACUGCUGCUGCCCUAACAAUUUGCUGACCCUCGGUUGCCAACGCAAGAGUAACUUCACUUUCAAAACUGUGAAAGUCCAUGUUUCCUCUUCGCCAUCAACAACAAACGCUUCUUUGUUGGUCGAACCAGAAAACGUGUCAUCACGUGGAAACAAAGAACAAACAAAAUCUCUCUCCAAAACACCAACAUAUUUUAGAUAUUUUUAGGUGACCUUUUUUUUGGACUGUAGAAUGCAUCUUGGAUGAGGGACGGAACCUUCAUUCACUACCACUGCCAGGUGAAACAAAAGAGAUCAAACAAAAUCCGCCGGAUUUUUUUAAUGGGUGUUACGCUCUACUUUUUUUAUUUAUUCAACUGUAUUUCUUACCUUUUUUGGUCUGGAUUUCCGCACACAACAUACUACAAGAAUAUCCCACAUUUGGGACAUUAUAUUUUUCUAAAUGAUUGCAGGGGAUAAGUUCUCCUGAAUGGAGAGACUGUGCAACUUUACAAUGUAUGCAAACAUGGAGUGUGACCAGCCGUUGUAUAUUUUAACUCUUGCUUGUAUCUGUUUUAGCGAGUACAGUUUGUGUAUGGUGAGGCCAGUUGUAAUUAUGAUUUAUAUUGGAUGCUUUUUAAAGAAAACACUCCCUUCACGUUUCAUCGGGCUGGUUUCAUACUGUACUGUCACAGAACACUUUUGUAUUUUUUUCCCCCCAGACCAAGUGUUUUAAAAGCAAUUAAAACUGGCUAAACUGCCCUCUCUCUUAUC